UAGGGAAGAGCAGAAUUUUGGCAGAUCGACUAGAACCUUUGCGGUUGGAAGAUUGCAAGUUGAACUUAUUUUAUUCACAAAUGCUGGAUUACAGAAUCACGAUGCUGGUUUUCAUUUGGCUGGCUAUGGCGCUCUGUGCAAACGGACAACUUUACACGAAGUACAGCGUGAAAACUGAACUGUCAACUUUUACACGGACAAUAUUGACGAGCACGAUUUGCGCGAGUUUAGCCGUUAAUCCCAUGCCCAUCUGUCGUAGGCGUAUGCAUGCAUGGAUCGAAGAGCCAAUGCGUUGGUCGACGGAUGGACAUCAUCAAUUCAUCCAGCCAACCAACGUUUUCCAGGUGGAGCCGACUGCUGUGGUUCCAUGGUUCAGGGACGCCCAGAAUUCCGGAUUUGAUGAGAAUUAUUUGUACUACUGGAAUUUAGCCAACGCCGUUCAACCUUCGCUGAUGAUGUCUGUAGGCGAUUUGUACAGGGGAAUUCCAUUUGAAUCGGCGCUGAUGGCCAACGGAGCCGAGGACAAUUUGGCGCAAAACAAACAAAUGAAAACUAGAAUUGUUUUAACUUACACCAAACCCACUACGGAGCUGGAGACGACCACAAAAACGCAAACGAUUAAAAUAUCCGGCUGCACGCCAGUUCCGUUUCCUUAUGAUGUCUGCCUCCCCUAAUUAUAUAAGCCAAUUAUGAAAUCUUCUCCAGCUAAUUUCCUUUUUAUUAACUUGCUAUAUAACAAAUGAUGCCAUAAUUAAUGUAUAUCUCGAAACAAUUCAU